AUGGCAGAUGCAGCAGUGGAGUUCCUGCUGACGAAGGUGACGGAGGUGCUGACAUGGUACACGGAUCUGAUAACGGGGGCAGAGAACGACCUGCAGCAGCUGAACAAUGAGCUGGGCAUGUGCAAGUCCUUCCUUUUGGACGCCGCCAGAAGGCCCAAGAAGGAGGAGUUUUUCCGGGAGGUUGAGAGGCAGAUCCGAGAGGUGGUCUACGAUGCCGACGACACCAUAGACUCCUGCCUCACUCAGGCCAACAGGGCCAAGGCCAGGGCCAAAUCCAAGUCCAAUAAGCUCUCUAAGUGGGGGAAGAAGGUCGUCGAAAAGGCUGACGUCAGCCUGCCUCUUGAGGUCAAGGCCCUCAGGACCGACAAAAUGGCCCCCGUCCUCGAAAAGAUCAAGCUCUACCUGGACACCUACGACAGCGGAUCCGGCUCCUUCGGCACCACCUAUGAUGACUACCCCCCACAUGCGUUUGAGCUCCCGUCAUUCCGGAAAGACAAUGUGGUAGGUCUGGAAGACGAGGAAGAAAGGAUAGUGAAUUGCCUGCUGGAGCCUUGGCACGAGCUGGACAUUAUCUCCAUCAUUGGCAUGCCCGGCCUUGGCAAGACAACUAUCGCUUACAAGGUAUACGAAAGCGAAGUCAUCAGGCGAGAGUUCCCCGUGCGCAUAUGGGUCUACGUGACUCAGGUCCUUAACCGCAAGGAUGUUCUCCUCACCAUCCUCAAGGACUUCACUAGCCAGGACCUGUCUGCCUGGACCGACCACCAGCUCACCCAGGAGGUCCGCCGUCGCCUCACCGGUGCCGGCCGCUUCCUCCUCGUCAUGGACGAUGUCUGGAAAGUUGACGUCUGGAACGCCAUAAGCGAUGUCCUCCCGAUGCGCAACAACCGUGCGAAAGUCCUUAUCACCAGCCGUGAUACAAAAGUCGGGGACCACGCCAACCCGGGUCGGGACCUUCUCGAGCUCCGGCGAAUGCGUGAGGACGAGAGCUGGAGGCUCCUCCGCCUCCAGGUUUUUGGUCGGCAGGAUUACGACUGCCCCAAGCCCCUGCUGAACACCGGCAGACUCAUCUCCGAACAGUGCAAGGGCCUGCCCUUGGCCGUUGUUGUCAUCGGUGGUGUGCUUCUCGACCACCUCAAGAAGACGAGGAUCCUUAACCUCGUCCGGAACGAGUGGCUCGAGGUGUCAAAGAACGUGGGGGAAAACGUGACGAACAAUAAGGAUGUGAACGUGACCGAGCGGAAUCCCAACGAUGAGGUCAGGACGUGCCAGGUUCAUGACAUGGUUCGCGUGCAUUGUAAGUUAAAGGCCGCCGACAAGGAGCUCAAUCUGUACCAGGAGAUAAAAUUGUCGAACGAGGGUGUCUUCACGACUUCAGACAUAACGAAAUGCCGGCGCUUGUGUAUUCACGCCGGCCUCCCGGAGUUCCUCUCCAGAAGGAUAAAGGGUCCACGCGUGCGAUCCUUUCUCAGCUUCAACAAAGCUCCCGUCGACCUCGACGCCAAGGACACGCCUGUGAUCCCAGACUUGUUCGACCUGCUCCGUGUGCUCGACACGUCGUCCAUCAAGUUCCAGCGCUUUCCGGAAGGAGUCACGAAGCUGAUGCAUUUGAGGUACAUCACUAUUUCUAUUGAGGAUGCUGAUGCCCUCCCGCCAGCCAUUUCCAAUCUUUUGAACCUGCAAACGCUCGUCGUCAACACCAGCUCCAACUUCCUCACAAUCGAGGCCAACAUAUGGGCCAUGACUCAGCUUAGGCACAUAAUCACGAAAGCCGCCAUCAUACUUGACGUCAAGGGGGGUGAAGGUGAAGGUGAAGCCGGCGAGAAUCUCCAGACGCUCAGCAGGUUGGCCCCUGACUACUGCACAGAGAAUGUCUUCAAUAAAGUGCGCAACUUGAAGAAACUGGGCAUCCGCGGAAAAUUAGCUAUUCUUUUCGGCGUGAAGAGGUCCCUCGAAGAACUGCGCCUCCUGGAGAAGCUGAAGCUUGUGAACGAUAAAUCCGUCUCGGAUCGGAUUUAUGUCUUUCCGGAGUACAAUUUUUUCCCAGCUGGCCUAAAGAGGCUGACGAUAACGUCCACGCACCUGGACUGGACACAUAUGUCGAAGCUGGCUAGGAUUAAUUCCCUUCAGGUGCUCAAGCUGAGAGGGAAGGCGUUCGUGGGGCGAGAUUGGAGGGCAGUCGGUCACGGAUUUCUCAAUCUCCACUACUUGUUGAUUCAGGACACAGAUUUAGCAGUGUGGGAGGUCACACCUGAUUUCUUUCCCAGUCUCAGGACACUUGUGCUUAGGAGCUGUGACAAGUUGGUGGAAAUUCCGGAGGGUGUGACAGAGAGCCUGGAGAUAUUGGACGUGGAUGGUGUUUCCGCAUCAGCUGUCAACUCUGCCAGGGAUAUUGAGAUGCGAAAAGCGGCAUCGAAAGGACAGUGCAAAUCCAGGUGGGAGAAUGAUUUCAAGCUCAUUGUUGGUCUAGGAUGUCAGGGACAAUCGAAAGCCUAA